AUGAGUACCAAACAGGUCACCGAUGAUGAAGCCUUGAGAGCCCUCUUGUCAUCAGCAGCUGAAAGAGAUGAAGAACGGAAAAUCGAACGCAAAGGCAACGAGAGGAAGCGAUGGGAAAGUCGAAACGAUGACCGUCAGCAAGGACGAGGGAGCAACAAACGAUCCAGAUAUGAUGAUAGAAGUGGCCGUGGUGGGAACCAACAAAACAACAAUAGUAAUGAAAACUCAGACUACUAUGGACCAGCAUCAGAACAAGGAAGAAGAGACGACGAUGGGUCAUCUGGAAAAAAUAAUAAAGACAAUGAAAAGCCACCUCCUACACACAAGCCAAACUUUGGUUUGUCUGGUGCACUUGCGAAAGAUGAGGGCGGUGGUGGGAACGUCUACAAAGGUGUAGUCCUUAAGUUCCGAGAACCUCCCGAAGCCAGAGCUCCCAAUACGCAAUGGAGAUUCUAUUUGUUCAAAGGGAAAGAUCUAGUGGAUACCUUGCACAUUUCCAAGCAGUCGGCAUACUUGAUGGGCCGGAAUACGGAAAUCGCCGACAUUCCAAUGGCACAUCCUUCCCUCAGCUCUCAGCAUGCCGUCUUGCAGUAUCGAGCUCUCCCAACAAAGGAUGGCAGCCGGCUAUCUUGCCAACCGUAUAUUAUGGAUUUGGAAUCGACGAAUGGGACGUUCUUGAAUGGAGUGCGCAUUGACUCCGCACGAUACUAUCAGUUGAAGAAGGGGGAUGUGCUAAAGUUUGGUGCAUCUACUCGAGAAUAUGUCCUGAUGACAGAGAACACAACGUUAGCAAAAUAG